UUGACUGCAUGCACUCAGUAAAGAGCAAACAAACAGAGCAGGACAAGGCAUAGCUGGAGAAGUAUCCCGGUCCACCCAGAGGCUACAAAAGUGUUCAAUUGGUGAUCAUCAAGGAUACGCGCCCGGUGCGUGUGGGAGAUGAGCAGUCCCGAUGCGGGCUACGCCAGUGACGACCCGAGUCAGACCCGCGGCAGCUCAGUCAUGAUGCCCGGCGUGAGGCAGUGCGCGUGGGCGGACCCGCUCAACCCGCUCAACCCGCUUGCGGACUCCAAAGUGAAGAGCGAGACGUGUUCUGCUGCGGGUCCCGGGCACGGGAAGAGCGAGCCGCGCAUCCGCCGGCCGAUGAACGCGUUUAUGGUGUGGGCGAAAGAUGAGCGCAAGAGGCUGGCGCAACAAAACCCCGACCUGCACAACGCGGAGCUCAGCAAAAUGCUCGGCAAGUCAUGGAAAGCUUUACCAAUGGUGGACAAACGGCCAUUCGUGGAGGAGGCCGAACGGCUGCGAGUGAAACACAUGCAGGACCACCCAAACUAUAAAUACCGGCCACGACGUCGCAAACAGGUGAAACGAAACAAACGACUGGACUCAGGCUUCAUGCUGCCUGGGGUGGGGGACACACAGACCCCUUUAGGCAUGGACAGAAUGUCUGUGGGUUAUUCAGGACUGCCGCAAGCAGGACUGCAUCAAUAUUGUGAGACCCAGGGUUUGUUUGAGCCUUACAGCUUGCCCACACCCGACCCCUCUCCUAUGGAUGCUGGGGUGACCGAAUUCUUCACCAGUCUCCACGACGAACACCAUCAGUCAGCGUACAACUAUCAUCAUCACCAAGAGUACCAGCUUCAGGAACACACACACACCAACACGCACCCUCACGUGAGCGCUCACUCUCACAGCGUCCCGCACUCCAACGUCAACAUACACGCCAAUUCCGGCAAUGCACAAGUCAAUCUGAUGAACAGCGCACAGCAACUGAGCAACGCGAGCGCCAACCAGCCAACCGGUCAGAAUUGUAGUCCGCAGUCUAACUCGGUCACUCUCGCCCUCUUCAACAGAAGUCUUUCCCCGCCGUCUCAUCAAACCACUGCGUACCUGAGCUGCCCUUCCAGUUUAGGGGUCUUUUAUGGUGCCAACUCUCAACUGAAGCGUCCUUAUGAGGAACUGUCACUUCCUGCCGGCGCCCGCACGCAUCCACACAACCCUACUGAUCCGCACACUCAGGCUCAGAGUCAAUGCCCUGGUGAAAUGGAUGAGGUGGACAGCAGUGAGUUUGAGCAAUACCUCUCUUACGGGGUCCCACAUACACCCUUACAAGGGCCCGACUUAAUCUCAACUGUACUUUCUGAUGCCAGCACUGCCGUCUACUACUGUGGCUACAAUAACUCCUGAACAUAUUUGUUCUUUUGUCCUUUUAAAGUCCUAUCGAAGGCGUUUUCAAAUGUUGGUCCUGUGUUAUUGAUUCAUCGGUGCACGUUAUUCCAAGGACAAAUGAAAUAACUUGCUCAAUCUCAAACCCUCUGGACAUUAAAUAACAUGCAGGAUAUGAAUCAUAGACAUCUAUAAUUACAUUUUCAAUAGUUAAAAUGCUAAUUCUCCAUCUCAGCAGUGGAAUAUCUACUAGUGAAAAUGCUCAUUUUUUAUAACGGUAAUAAAGUUUUCACUAGUAAAAAUGUUCAUUCUUGAUAUCAAAGUAUUUCUUGUCCGAAAUGCAAUAAAAUGUAUCAAUAAUUAAAUUGUAACUAGCUGAAAUCCCAAACACACAAAUCCGAGGUGUAUUCUGACUCUAGUGAAAUGCUCAUUUAUAUGAGAUUAGUUACACUGUUAUAGUUAAAAUGCUAUUUUUAAAUUAACAAUUGAAUUACAGCUAGUAAAAAUGUCAUUUUUGAUAUAAAAAAUGGAAUUUAAACUAGUAAAAGUCAUAUUUUUUUUUAUAUCUGCACCUCCUGUCAAAAAUACUAUAACAGAUAUCAAUAAUUAAUUUGUAACUAGUUUAAAUUAUAAACACACAAAUCAGAAAUUUUCUUCUAACUAGUAAAAAUGUAAAAAAUUAUUUCAACAAUUACAUUUUUACUUGUGCAAAUGGCCAUUUUUUUAUAUAAAAAAUGUAAUUACAACUUGUAAAAUACUUUUUGAUAUCAGUAAUUAAGUUAAACAUAGUAAAACUAGUAAAAACAUUCAUUCUCGAUAUCAAAACUGGAAUAUAAACUAUUAAAAGCCGAACAUUUUAUAUCUGUCCCUCUAUCAAAAAUACAAUAAAUAUAUAAAUAAUUAAAUUGUAACUAGUUGAAAUCCCAAACACACAAAUCCGAGGUGUUACAAUUGAAACUUCAAUAUCAAUAAUGAAGUUUUCACUUGGAAAAACAUCCGUACAUGUAUUUCAAUAUGUUCGAUUUGAAUAGCAAUUAAAUAUAUUUUCAGAAGCUUUCUUACUAGUUACAAUCCCAUUAUAUUAUAGAUAUCUGAAAUUAAAUUGCCCCUAUAGUGAAAACUAAAUGACGUGUGUGAUGUUACAAGUUCAGGAUAUCAGGAAUGGACAUUUUCACAGAUGUAAAAUGUGUCACGCUGACUUUAACCCUUUAUAAAGUGGUUUCAAUCUUGAGCAUUGCAGCACUGUAAAUAUUCAGAACGUACAAUGUACAGUAAUACACUUAUGG